CUGCGACUAACUUGGGUCGGGGUGACGCGGGGUGACGCCUACUCCAGAACCCAAACCCUACGACUAACCUGUGCCGCUUUCCUGCUCAUCCAUUUCGCCAUACUGCCCAAGAUCUAAUAACUCCAAGCCCUAGUUGGUCGAGGGAAAGCGGGGAGCGAGAUAAGAAAAGCAUCGCCGGAGGUGCGGUGACCGGCGCUCGGUGGUCGAGCUCAGAGACCAUGUCGACACCAGCUUGGCUAGCACAGGAGGCACAAGCAAGCACAACACCUGAAUCCCAAGGUUUAGAGUCACCUGUUGGAGGACCUGCUACAGGUCCACCAACUUCAGUUAUGGCUUCUACAACAGUAGUUUCUCCAGUCGGGGGACCAGCUACAACUGCAAUAACUCCAGUAACAUCUCCUUCAUUUAUGGAUUCUGGUCCAUCACUGACAGUCACUGUUUCAACAAUGACCUCUGUAGGCCCGCCACCUCCAAGGGGUGUCAUUGUGAAUGCAAACACUCCAACUCAAGAUCCUGUUCGAGCAAAAUUUGCUACAUCGCAAGGCUUUGUUGUCCCUGCUCCUUCAUUUUCUUAUGGUGUAUUUCCUAGGGUGAACUCUGCAUCUGGGAGUGCUCAUCAAUCUUCAUCCUCUCCUGGUUUGAGGUUGUCUCCACCAAUGCCUGCAACAGCACUUCAACCACCAGUUCCAGGGCAAUUUUUAGGAAACAGACCUUCAUUUUCAUAUAAUGUGGUUUCAAAUGCUAAUGCUGGCUCGGCAACUGGUCAGCAGUUUCAACUUACUACUGCUACAAAUCAAGCUAACUUGCAAGGUGGAAGGUUUGCCCCACCGACUACUGCUGCAUCAUUGCAACCUCCGGUUCCACGGCCAUCCAUUUGCCCUGGUGCUAAUGUUCCUGGAGCUAUUACACCAAGUUGUCCAGCACCAAUGCAGUUGCCAUUGUCUAUUCCAACAGGUACCUCUGAUGCUGUUGUGACAGAAGCUGGCACGUCCAUCACAACAUCAAUUGAUUCUCAGUCUGCACAAUUGUCAGCCACUGUGCCAUCAAGUUCUUCCACGGCCUCGGGUAUAAAUCCUAAUGCAAACUCUUCAGGCAUUUUGAUGCCAAGUACUCCAUCUUUUACUGGGCAUCCUGGGAUGCCAGGACUUGCUGGCACACCGGGACUCCCUGGAAUACCUAAUUCUGCAACAGUUUCCUCUACUGUUACAAGUCAACCAGCAGGCACAAAUCCUUCUCCUUUGAGGCCCAUGGUUCCACCACCUGUUUCUCUGCCACCAACUUCUACUCCAGUUCCAGUUCAACAAAACAUUCAGCAACAGUUUUAUCAACCUUAUCCUUCACUACCAGGCACCAUUCCACCCCCUCAGGCUCUUUGGUUGCAUCCUCCUCAAGCUGGAGGCUUGCAGCGAGCCCCAUUUCUACCAUAUUCUGGUGUGCUUCCUGCUCCUUUUCAGUUGCCAGUGCAUGGCAUGCCACCUCCUGCUAUUCCUUUGCCCAGUAUUCAGCCUCCUGGUGUUCCCACAGUGGCAAAUCAGGGACCAGCCUCAACUACCAUGGGAUCUAGUCAGUCUGGUAGCAAUGUUGGCAUAGAAUCACCUUCUGUAGGCAUUGAUCAUGAAAAGCAUGCUAAUGAUCCCCACAAGGAUGGAGAAAGUACCAAGAAUGAAGAGGCAGAUGCCUGGACGGCACACAAGACAGAAUCAGGUGUCGUAUACUACUACAAUUCUGUCACUGGGGAGUCAACAUAUGAAAGACCUUCCAGUUUUAACGGGGAGCCAGAGAACGUUACAGCUCAGUCAACUCCAGUUUCAUGGGAGAAGUUGGCUGGUACCAAUUGGACGUUAGUAACUACAAAUGAUGGAAGGAAGUACUACUACGAUACCAAGAACAAGGUUAGUAGCUGGCAAGUCCCAGCUGAAGUUUUGGAGCUGAGAAAGUCUCAAGAGAGUGAUGCCCUGAAAGGAAAUGCAAAUCAACUAACAAAUGUGGCGGAUAAAGGAUCUGCUCCUAUUAGUAUGAGUGCUCCUGCUGUGGAGACAGGUGGUCGUGAUUCUAUGGCUCUUAGGACUUCGGGUGCAGCGGUUUCUUCAUCUGCAUUGGAUCUGGUUAAAAAGAAACUGCAGGAUGCUGGUACUCCUGUCACAUCCUCACCUGUCCCGACUCCUGGACCUGUUGCAUCUGAUUUAAAUGGCUCAAAAGCAGUUGAGACUGCACCUAAGGGACAACAAGGGACAAAUAGCAAAGACAAAGUUAAAGAUGAUGGAAAUAUGUCAGAUUCCUCAUCUGAUUCAGAUGAUGAGGAAAGUGGGCCAACUAAAGAGGAGUGCAUUAGUCAGUUCAAGGAAAUGCUUAAAGAACGAGGAGUGGCGCCGUUUUCGAAGUGGGAAAAAGAGCUGCCAAAGAUAGUGUUUGAUCCACGCUUUAAGGCUGUCCCUAGUUAUUCUGCUCGGAAGACUAUAUUUGAGCACUUUGUUCGGACGCGUGUGGAAGAAGAGCGCAAGGAGAAAAGGGCAGCUCAGAAGGCUGCAAUAGAUGCUUUUAAACAAUUAUUAGAAGAAGCCUCGGAGGAAAUUGAUCACAAAACUGACUAUCAAACAUUUAAAAGAAAAUGGGGCAGUGAUCCACGAUUUGGGGUUUUAGAUCGUAAGGAGCGGGAGCUUCUUUUAAAUGAGAAGGUAAAGGCUGCUGAAGAGAAAAUGCAAGCAAUACGUAUGGCUGCUGUAACUAGUUUCAAGUCAAUGCUUCGGGAUAAUAAGGAUAUAACUACAACUAGCCGAUGGUCUAGGGUGAAGGAGAAUUUAAGGAACGAUCCAAGAUACAAGGCCGUGAAGCACGAAGAGAGGGUAACUUUGUUUAAUGAGUAUAUAUCUGAACUGAAAGCUGUUGAAGAGGAAGCAGAACGGUCCGCAAGGGCCAAAAGGGAUGAGCAGGAGAAAUUAAAGGAAAGGGAGCGGGAGAUGCGAAAAAGAAAAGAAAGAGAAGAACAAGAAAUGGAGAGAGUGAGACUGAAAGUUCGCAGGAAGGAGGCAGUAGCUUCUUAUCAAGCUUUACUCGUUGAGACAAUAAAAGAUCCUAAGGCAUCUUGGACUGAAUCUAAGCCAAAACUAGAGAAGGAUCCUCAGGGCCGUGCAACAAAUCCUGAUCUGGGCCAAGGAGAUGCAGAGAAACUAUUUCGGGAUCAUGUCAAGGAUUUGUACGAGCGUUGUGCACGGGGCUUCCGGUUGCUGCUAUCUGAAGUUAUAACUGCAGAAGCUGCUGCCCAAACAACAGAUGAUGGAAAGACUAUUCUGAAUUCUUGGUCAGAAGCAAAACGCCUUCUAAAGCCUGAUCCAAGGUACUCAAAAAUGCCUGGUAAAGACCGAGAGUAUCUCUGGCGCCGAUAUGCGGAAGACAUGAUGCGAAAGCAGAAACCAGCAUCUGAUCCAAAGGAGAAGCCAGAUACAGAUGGAAGAAAUAGAACCUCUUCUGAUUUUUCAAGGAGGUCGCCAAGGAGGUCCCACGGCCGGGGUUAGCUUUGCUUACUAAACAAUGUUGAACUUUUUCCCAUUAUUUUUUAAAAACCUUUAAGACCUUACCAUAGCAUUUUUUUUAAAAAUUUCUUUUAAUAUAACAUCUCCCUUUGCAGAUUAGUUCUGACAUUAUCUCGUAAUUUCUUGUCACCAUGUUUAUCAUAUUGAUCAUUGGGUAUGUUAUCAGCAGUGAAUGAGUUGGUUUUGGAC